CCUCCUCACGCUCCCCCUCCUCACCCCCACAUGGGGGGAGUGCAGGGGAACUUCCUCAGACAUUUUUCCGUAGGCUCGUGAAGGCGGGGGGGGGGCGAAAGGGGCCCUCCCUCGCGCGGUUUACUUGUGGGGUGGGGGGCGCGUGCGAGGAACUUAAUUGGCUCUUUUACCUCACAAGGGGCUCCGUGGGUGGGGGACACACGAUUCAUUUUAAUUAAUUCAUUUCUGCCUAAUGAUCGCUAUCAUCAUCAUCGUUCCCCUUCUUGGGGUUUUCUUCUUUCCUUCCCACACUUCUGCCUGUUUCUGUGGGAAAAGGUUUGCUCCACUUUUUUUUUAAAAAAAAAUAUUUUAAAAUCAUCUUCCUUUCCCCUCCUCCCCAACCCUCCAAAAAAGCCUCUUCCUGGGAAACGAAUGUCGUCCUUGUUGCUUUUCGUGCCGAUUUUUCUUAGCUUAAAAAAGGGGCGAUCUUGAGGAUUUUUCAUGACUCCCCACCUCCGUGACUGUAGGUGUUUUGUUGGCCCUCUUCUCAACCCUUCUCCCAUUUUCAUUUGAUCGAUUUUGAGGGAGUAGGGAAAAGGUAUAUUCCUUCUUAGAAAUGCAAUCCAUUUCUCCUUUUUUCCCACUAAAAAGGCUGUAAGUGCGUUUUUAAAAAAAUAUUAUAGAUAGACUUAAUGUUUCCCUCAUACUUCUUACUAGCUGUAUUUUCCAUUGAGCAGAUUCAUUUUCAAAGUCUGGGAUAGUAGUAUUAUAGUAAGCAUGUAAUGUUUUUUAUACAAUUUCCCUUCUCUGUUACGGACUUUAUAAAAACAAUAUGAUUUUUUUUUAUUAUAUGCCUUUUAAUCCUGUUCAGUACGAAUCUUUCUGCCUAAAAGAGUGGGAUCCAUAUUUUGAAGUAAACUGUUUAAGUAAAAUUAACUUUUCUCCCACUGAUGCUGCUUGUUCAGGAAGGGGAAUGUUUUGAAAACAUUUAAACAUAAAAUUUCAACACCUGUCCUUUCUGGAAAAAUAGCAUAAGCUUUUCAAACAGUAGCAGUAGUUGGGGAUAAAGAUAAAGAUAAAUUAUUUGUAUUAGUGCUAAUAAUUAAUAUAAAUUAUUCAGAAACUGCCCCUUUGGAAAGGAGUUAAGAUAAACUGUCAGAAAAAUUGACCUAGGAGCUCCCUCAAUGGCCUAAUGAUUGUAAUUGAUAAUAUUGCAUUUGCAUUAAAAUGUAGCUUGCCUUAUUGGAAACAAGCAAACACAAUUAGGAUUAUUAUAACUAUUGAUGUUCCCUCUGGAAAAUCAACAAAGGAUCCCCUGAAAAAUGUGCUGGAAAAAUUAUUCUAUUUUUCUUUCACAAACCUGUUAAUUUUUCCUGUUAAUAAGGGGUAAACUUCCUUACUUAUUUUUUUUAUUUAUAUUCCACCUCUAUUAUGUCUAUAAUUAACUCAAGGCAGGAAAUAUACACAGUACUCUUGCCUUCUGUUUUUCCCACAACAAUCCUGUGAAGUGAGUUGGGCUGAGAGAGAGUAACUGGCCCAAAGUCAGCUUUCAUGGCUAAGGUGGGACUAGAACUCAACAGUCUGGUUUCUAGCCUGAUGCCUUAACCAGUAGACUGCACUUUUUCUAUAUGGAAAAAGAGAUGUAUCUUGAGCAGUUGGGUAAAAAAAUCUUGAGGUGAAAUGGAGGUGAGGGUUUACUUGUUCUCAUUCCUUUUAUCUCCACGUCCACUUUCCUUAUUGUAGCAGCAUUUUCAUGUCCAAUUUGGUUGAUUGAGGGGCCAUCUCUUACUAUUAUGCUAUUUUUACUAUCCUCAGCAACAUUGAAACGUUGGCCUUUUUGCCUUAGGAACAGGAGAAGAAGGGAAGACAUUUUUAAAGAGUUUUCUUCAAACUCUUCUUCCGUUGUCCAGAGAAGGCUUCUUCAGCCAACUUUCCAAAGGGAAGUUGAACACCUAUUUUGAGAAAGGGCAAUGAAGCAUUUUCAUUUUAGAUAAAACAGGGAGGUAUUUGUAACCAUUUACCACGAAUGGUCGUUUAGUGGUCCUUUACUAUUUUCUUUUUAAAACUGACUGAAAAGAGACUAUUUGAAUAUGAACGUACUCACAUAUAUUUUUCCCAAGACGAAGAAAAGAACAAAUCUGCAAUAUUUAUUUCCUUGUGUAUUUGUGUCUCUUCUUCACACGCUUAUUUUACAGUGGCCAGAUGAUUUUACGGUGGCCUCUUUCCCAUCUUGUUUCCUUUCUCAAAAGUAAAGAUGACCCAUUCAAUUUUUGUAAUCAUCUUGGUUUUUAAAUGUAAGAGUUUUAGUGUAUUUUAAACAAAAAUUACCAAUUUUGGAUAUGAAUGAAUCAUAAAUGUGGGCCCUUAUAAUCUUCUUUGGUCAUGUAGUUCAGAAAGCAGAAAACUAACUAAAUAAUUAAAUAGGAAUAAUUUAUAUCCCCUCUCAGUUGUCCAUAUUGUCUUUUUUCUACUGUUUUCCCUUUACAUUGUUUUUUUAAUAUGGGAAGCUUUUUCCCAUAUAUGUAGGAUGGAAAGAGAUAAGUAAUAUGAUUAUCCUUUUCUCAGUUCCUAGAAGUCAAUUCUUUAAAAAUUUGUCAGUUUAUUGGCAGAAAGUGGUAAUGUAAAUAAAUACAGGCCUAGUUCCUAGACACUACCUGAUUAUAUAGAUAACAGCCUAUAAUCAUUCAGAAAUAAGUUUCAUUUUCCACUUAUAUUAUUCCCAGUUCUCUAAAUAGCUUUGUAGUUGUCCUUAACCUAUUUCCAAUUUGGGAGAUUCAUGUACAAUAUCAUUUGGGAGGGCCUCUUGUGGCUCAACAGACUAAUGCAGUCUGUUAUUAACACAGCUGCCUGCAAUUACUGCAGGUUCUAGUCCCACCAGGCCCAAGAUUGACUCAGCCUUCCAUCCUUUAUAAGGUAGGUAAAAUGAGGACCCAGAUUGUUGGGGGCAAUAAGUUGACUUUGUAUAUAAAUAUACAAAUAGGAUGAAGACUAUUGCUAACAUAGUGUAAGCCGCCCUGAGUCUUCAGAGAAGGGCGAGGUAUAAAUGCGAAUGUGUUUGAGUGGAAACUUUAGUGCUUUUUUUCCUUGGCUGUGCAUUUAAUUAGAAAUUAUAUAAUAUCAAAAUGGGCCUUUCCACCCAGCAUUUCUCCAGUCCUCAAAUGUUUUAAUGAAUCAUGGUACAGGUAAUCCUUGACUUACAAUAGUUCACUUAGGACCAUUCAAAGUUACAACUGAACAAAGUGACUUAUGAACAUUUUUCACACUUAUGACCAUUGCAGCAUCCCCAUGGUCACAUGAUUUACAUUUGGAUAUUUGACAACUGAUUCACAUUUAUGACGGUUGCAGGGUCCCGGGGUCAUGUGAUCAACUUUUGCAACCUUCUGACAAGCAAAGUCAAUGAGGAAACUAGAGUCACUUAAAUUGUGUUACUAAUUUAACAACUGCAGUGUUUCACUUAAUAAAUGUGGAAAGAAAAAGUAUAAAAUGGGGCAAAACUCAACAAAUUUCUCACUUAGCAACAUAACUUCUGGGCUCAAUCGUGGUUGUAAAUUAGGAUUACCUGUAUAUCUUUUCCUUUUAUUGCUUUAGUUAGGAAAGGUUUCUGAAUGAAACCUUUGUUACCCCACCACAAUUUAUGCCAGUUUAUAUAGAUAUUGUUGCCUAAAUUUUCAUUCCUGCUUCCAUGGUAACUUCUGUUUUCUACUGGCACCAUUUUGCAUUUCUCUUCAGAAGUCCAAUUGCUGCUUCUUGCUUGUAUAUGAUCUUGAUCUUCAAGAUCUUCAUGCUGAAAAUUUAGAGCUAAUCACACUUACCUCAUUUCCCUUUCAUUUUUCUCCAAACCUCAGUUCUUCAGAUAAAAGAGUAUUACUGCUGGUGGUGUGUGACUUUGUGCUUCUCCAAAGUAAUGCUGUUAAUGGGAAAUGACUUACUUUAAACACAGCUGAUUUUCCUUUUUUACCUUGCCAGAAGUACAAGGGAUGAGCAGUAUUAAUUUUUGUUCUGAUCCUUGGUUCUUCUCUUUCAUUCUCUCCCUUUCCCCUAUCUGGUUGAAGAUAAACCUUUGAAUUUAGUCAUGAUCCCCUCCCACCCACCUAACAUCAAUUAAAUCAGUAUGCUUUGAAUAAACACUUAUUUUUGUGAUGUUAGGAAACACAUAUAGGCUUAGUUAGAGCAGAAGAAUGCACUUGACUAAUUGGGUUUUAUCAUUUUUUCUUUUUGUACUACUUCAAUGUAGCCCUUGGUACUUUAAUACAUGUUAUUAAAAUGCUUCAGUGCUCUAAAUCCAAACAGACAGGGCAUUCCAAGUUAUUUUCUGUUCUGGAAUGGAACAUAGAUUUUGCUAUUGGAAGAUCAGAUAAGUUUUGCGGUUUUCUACUUACCUUCAGGAUUCUGAAAUAACACUUUGUAGUUUCUGGACAUCUGGCUCUUCAUCUUUUUCCUUUAAACCUGAGAAAUUUAUUCAUUCCGCAAACUCUGUUUAAAUAUUGGUGUGCCCCAAAUCCUUGGGCUGAAAGCCAGUUUAGUAUUCUGCUUAUCAGGCUAAGAUUGUGAGUUUUAGUCCUGCCUUAGGCACAAUGCUAGUUGGGUGACCUUGUGAGACUCAUUCUUGCAGCCCUUGGAAGGAGGCAAUGACAAAACCACUUCUGAAAAACCUUGCCAAGAAAACUGUGAGUGAGUAGUCCAGGCAGUCUUCAGCAGUCAGAGACUAAUUCAAAGGCAUACAAGACAUGCAUACACACAAAAAAUUAUUGAACGAGGUUCCAUUUUAUUUGUGCAGAAUUCUUAUAAUGCAGAGAAUAGCAAAAAUGGCUCAAGCAGCAAUGGCGGCAGCAGCAGCAGCAUCCAGCCAUGAUGAGGACUCAUCUGAAAGCAGAAUGGUGGUUACCUUUCUUAUGUCAGCUCUUGAUUCAAUGUGCAAAGAGCUUGCCAAGUCUAAGGCAGAGGUUGCCUGCAUUGCUGUGUAUGAAACAGAUGUGUUUGUGGUGGGCACUGAGAGAGGAAGAGCCUUCGUCAAUACGAGAAAAGAUUUUCAGAAGGAUUUUGUGAAGUAUUGUAUUAACGAAGAGGCAAAAGCUGUAGAAUUGCAGAAGACAAAAUCAUCCUCUCUUGAUAACAGGAUGACUGUGGAUGUUGUGGAAAUGGAAGCUCUCAGGAAGUCUGUGGAGGAUUAUUUCUGUAUUUGCUAUGGUAAAGCUUUAGGAAAAUCAACAGUAGUUCCUGUGCCAUUUGAUAAGAUUCAGAGGGAUCCAUCUGCUUUGAUAAUACACGGGCUUCCAGAAGGACUUGCUUUUAAGCAUCCCUCCAGCUAUGAUGUCACAACACUGAAGUGGAUUUUGGAGAACAAAUCUGGGAUCUCAUUUGUCAUCAAAAGGCCUUUCCUUGAGCCAAAGAAAUAUUUAGGCCGCCUUUCAGAUUCAUCACUCAUGAUGACAUCUCCGGGUGUAAGUUGCCCUUCCAUUCAGGUGAAGAGUGAGCCCAAUGAAGAUUCUGGACUCGAGAUGGUAACGGUUAAAGAAGAAUCAGAAGACCCUGAAUAUUAUCAAUUUAAUAUUCCAGCAGGUCCUUCAGAAACUUCGGCGAUUGAUGAGAAAAUCGCCAUGGCAAAGUCUUACACAGGGAGCAACCAGGGUUCCGAUUGCAGUGAAGGAACAGAUGUGGAAUUACCAGUAGAAGAUUCUUCUCAGCAUGCCACUUCUGAAACAAGUGAGGAUCCUGAAGUGGAAGUGACCAUUGAAGAUGAUGAUGACUAUUUACCACCACAUAAGAAGACGAAGAGCAUAGAACCAGUUAAUGAUGCUUCCAAUGUGGGCAGAAGAAAAGCUAGAGAGUUCAAUUUUGAGAAAUGGAAUGCUCGAAUUACAGACUUGAGAAAGCACGUUGAAGAAUUAUUUGAAAGAAAAUACGCUGAAGCUAUUAAUGCAAAAAGGCCUGUAUCUAUCCCGUAUCCACUCUUCCAAUCUCACGUUGAAGAUCUGUAUGUGGAAGGAUUACCAGAAGGAAUUCCUUUUCGUAGACCCUCCACUUAUGGGAUCCCACGUCUUGAACGGAUUUUACUGGCAAAGGAACGGAUCCGAUUUGUGAUUAAGAAGCAUGAGCUGCUAAAUUCAACACGAGAAGAUUUACCAUUAGACAAACCAGUUACAGGAGUGAAAGAAGAAUGGUAUGCCAGAAUUACAAAACUAAGGAAAAUGGUAGAUCAGUUAUUCUGCAGAAAAUUUGCUGAGGCCUUGGGAAGCACUGAACCAAAGGCCGUACCUUACCAGAAAUUUGAGGCGCAUCCCACUGAUCUUUAUGUGGAAGGUUUGCCAGAGAAUAUUCCAUUUCGGAGUCCCUCUUGGUAUGGAAUCCCUCGGCUGGAGAAAAUUCUUCAAGUGGGGAAUAGGAUAAAGUUUGUAAUAAAAAAGCCAGAAUUACUCACAAUCACUUCCACAGAAGUUACUCAACCAAGAACAAACAUGCCAGUCAAAGAAGAUUGGAAUGUCAGAAUCACAAAAUUGAGGAAACAAGUAGAAGAAAUAUUUAAUAUGAAAUUUGCACAAGCUCUGGGUCUCAGUGAAGCAGUGAAAGUACCUUAUCCUGUCUUUGAGUCAAAUCCUGAUCAUCUAUAUGUAGAAGGUUUGCCUGAAGGGAUCCCCUUUCGAAGCCCAACCUGGUUUGGAAUCCCACGCCUGGAAAGAAUUGUGCGGGGCAGUGGAAAAAUUAAAUUCAUUGUAAAGAAGCCAGAGCUUGUUACCUCAUACUUGCCUCCAGAAUUGGCUUCUAAAGUGAACACUUCAGUAAACGUCCCUGUAGGAUCUCAGAGUCCCAGCAGCUCAAACUCUACACAAAGUCCUGUAAGCAACUCUAAAGUUCCAGAGAUUGAAGUUACUGUAGAUGAAGGUCCCGCUAAUAGGGUAUCAACCUCAGAUGCUAGAACUAAUCCUCAAACCAAUGGAUCCAAUACAGGCUUUAAGCCAAGAGGAAGAGAGUUUUCUUUUGAGGCCUGGAAUGCCAAAAUUACUGAUUUGAAACAGAAAGUUGAAAAUCUUUUUAAUGAAAAAUGUGGGGAAGCUCUUGGACUGACAGAACCUGUUAAAGUUCCUUUUGCGCUUUUUGAAUCUUAUCCUGAAGAUUUUUACGUUGAAGGCCUUCCUGAGGGAGUGCCAUUCCGUCGCCCAUCCACUUUUGGCAUUCCAAGAUUGGAAAAAAUCCUCCGAAACAAAGCUAAGAUAAAAUUUAUCAUUAAAAAGCCAGAAAUGUUUGAGGCAGCAAUUAAAGAAAAUGCUACUGCUAUUCCAAGUCCUCAAAGAAGAACCAGUUUAUGUAAUACUGUGAUAAAUGCUGUAAGUGUGCCUGACCCAGUGGUCAACACAGCUGCUGGAGUAGAAGACCUUAACAUCAUUCAGGUGACAAUACCAGAUGAUGAUGAGAGAACCUCCAAAGUAGAGAAGGCCCGGCAGCUGAGAGAGCAAGUGAAUGAUCUCUUCAGUCGAAAAUUUGGGGAAGCUAUUGGUAUGGGAUACCCUGUGAAAGUCCCAUACCGAAAAAUCACAGUCAACCCUGGCUGUGUGGUGGUGGAUGGAAUGCCCCCUGGUGUAUCUUUUAAAGCUCCCAGCUAUCUUGAAAUCAGUUCCAUGAGGAAGAUUCUGGAUUCUGCAGAGUUUAUUAAAUUUACUGUCAUUAGACCAUUCCCUGGACUUGUAAUGAAUAACCAAAUUACUGAAAAAGCAGAAGCAGAAGUCCCAGCAGUCACUGUGCCAGCUCCUGAACAGGUGGUACAAGAGCCAGUUGAAGUAGACCAAAUAGUACAAGUAUCUGUGGAGGAAGAUUCAGUACAGACUGAAGAACACGCUCAAAUAAAGCAGGAGCCAGAUCCAACGUGGUAGACCUGACUUCCAUUAGGGUAAAGGACAGUCGUAACAUGAAGCAGAGUGGUGGGUGGUAUUCAGAUACUUUUCUAGGUAGGAGAUGGACCCCCAACUGUUGCUGUGAAUGCAGAUUCUAUGAUCUGACUUCCAUUUAUAUUGAUCCUGUAACUAUGUAGAUCACUUAACUUGGCGGAGUCCCUCUUACGGUCUUUUAAGUUGUGCUCCUUUUGUCCUUGGGCCACUUGCUUUGACUUCUAGUCCUCCUGAACCUUUAGAGCAAUCUUCUACACCCUCUGUUUGUUUUGGAUGAUAUCCUCUCUGCCCAUUGGCUUUGCUGGCUGGGGCUGAUGGGUGUUGGAGUCCAUGUCUGGAGGGCUUGAGAUACCUAACAGGAACCAAGUUAAACUGAAGCAAAUAUGUACAGUAUGCAAAAAUAGCCAUUAUUUUCAUAGGGCUUCUAGUAGCAGUUUAUUUAACUUCCAUAUCUGCCAUUUUGUUUUUUCCUUCUCGAUCUCCAAUCAAAAGCAAAAGCAUCAAGGCUUGAGAAGAGUUUGUUGGGAUGGUUCUGGCCUGUGUAAUAUAAUUGUAUAAGAGAAGUACCUUCUGUCUGUCCUGUCCUAAUGUCUACAGAGAUUCUCAAUCAUCCAGGUCACAGUUGGCCCACAGGUGCUUUUCAAAAGGCAACUGGACUUGUGUUUUUUUUUUCUUUGAAAACAUUUUGCUUCUCAUCUGAAGAAGCUUCUUGGAUGAGAAAUGAAACGUUUUCAACGAAAAAACAAAGUCAGGCUUGCCUUUUGAAAAGCACCACUGGGACGUCCUCUCCUAACCUAUCCCAUCCCUCCCCCCCCCCCCCCCUCCCCCCUCCCCCCCUUCCUUUCUUCCUUGAUAGAAAUCUCUACUUGGGUCAAAGGUCCUUGGGAAUUGUUACAAAACAGAGAUACCUUAAGUCCCAGGCCUAAUUGAAUAGAGAGGCCGAGCACAUAGCUCAUGGUUGUUACUUUUUUGCUUUUGCUAAUAAAAAUCAGCAGGGAUUAGCAAAUAAGUAAAUUUGCCUCCUAGGUGAAUAGCUCCUAAAUGCAUUUUGAUCUUUUUGUUUCCCUUGAAGAAGGAUGUCCACCAUAUUCAGUUUAAUUUAAACUAGGUGGGGUGGGAGUUGAAAUUUCUCCAAUUUUAAUUUCUCUUUAAUGGCUAAUUGGAUAAUAGUAUCUGUAUAUUUGAAAUAAUUUUUUUCCUAUGAUAUAUCUCUCAACUCAUAUGUUUUUAAUAAAUAAAUAAAAAUUG